UUUUUAAGGUUUCUGCUACAUCAAUAGUUCCUUUCUGCAUCGUCCUUGUUGUUUCGUUUGUAGGUUUAAGUUAUCUCCUACUUCCAAGGCAGGUUUGAAUCAGAGUAGGAAGGUUCUUCUUACACUGAGGCGUAAAGGAUGAAGCUUGACGUGAAUGUGUUGAGAUAUCUAUCCAAAGAUGAUUUUCGAGUUCUCACUGCAGUCGAGAUGGGAAUGCGAAACCAUGAGAUUGUUCCUUCUGAGCUUGUGGAACGCAUUGCUUCUCUUAAACAUGGAGGCACAUACAAGGUCCUGAAGAACUUGCUUAAGUAUAAGCUCUUGCACCACGAUGCCUCUAAAUAUGAUGGAUUCAGACUCACCUAUCUUGGUUAUGACUUUCUUGCUAUUAAAACAUUGGUCAACCGUGGUAUAUUUACUGGUGUUGGUCGUCAAAUUGGGGUCGGUAAAGAGUCAGACAUAUUUGAGGUCGCUCAGGAAGAUGGAACUAUUCUGGCAAUGAAGUUACAUAGACUAGGGAGAACCUCCUUUAGGGCUGUCAAGUCUAAGCGUGACUACUUGAGGCAUCGCAGUAGUUUCAGCUGGUUGUAUCUUUCCAGACUUGCGGCUCUCAAGGAAUUUGCUUUUAUGAAGGCUUUGGAAGAACAUGACUUUCCGGUUCCCAAAGCUAUUGACUGCAAUAGGCAUUGUGUUAUCAUGUCCCUUGUGCAAGGUUACCCCAUGGUUCAAGUGAAGCAAUUACAGAACCCUGAGACAAUUUUCGAGAAGAUCAUUGGCAUUGUUGUUCGUUUGGCUGAGCAUGGUCUAAUUCAUUGUGACUUCAAUGAAUUUAACAUCAUGAUUGAUGAUGAAGAGAAGAUAACAAUGAUUGACUUUCCACAAAUGGUAUCUGUUUCACACCGAAAUGCACAGAUGUACUUUGACCGUGAUAUCGAGUGCAUCUUCAAGUUUUUUAGAAAAAGAUUCAAUAUGACUUUCCAUGAAGAUAAAGGUGAAUCAGAUGAGACGGAGGUGGAUGAGAACAGCAGACCAUCUUUUUACGAUAUAACUAAAGAUGCUAAUGCUCUGGAUAGAGAUCUAGAAGCUAGUGGGUUCACAAGAAAGGAGCAGAAUGACCUCGAUAAAUUUAUUGAAGGCGGGGUGGAGAAGAGUGAAGAUUCUGAUGAGGAUGAGGAUGAGGAAUCUGAUGAUAAAGAGCAGACAUGCGAGUCCAAUGAAGAGGAAAACGUUGAUGAAUUGAAAUCAUUACAGUUGCAAGAGAAGGAGCAGAAAAGUUCAGAUGGUGUUGAGGCAGAAGUUAAGUGUGAUGUUACCGAGAAAGGUGAAAACAGUGAAGACAAAGAUGAUGCUGAAAGCGAUGAGGAGGAGGAAGAGGAUGAUCCAGAGCUGGUCAAACAAUUGGGAAAGCAAAGACGCAGAGCCAUGGCAGCAGCCAGAGGAGGUAGAAAGUCGCAGUCGUCAAGAAACACAUACAAGGACAAAGGAGGCCGAUCCCAAAACUCCAAGAUUCACAGCAAUAUGAGCGGCUGGUGAAAAAAAAAAAACUUUUUACAGAAAUUUUGAUACACAAAACUUUUUGGUGAAAGAUACGGUAAAAAAACUCCAAACUCCAUAAUCGUUUUUUCUAGCGACUUUUCUUGAUUCAUCAAGAUUUUAAAAUUGAACACAAACCAAUGUACUGAAUCUACUGAUGAAGAGAAAUCUAAACUAUAAUGGAUA